AUGGUCUCUAUCGAGAGGUUUCGAGUUCAGCGCUCCUUUAAACCCGGGGAGAUCUCCAAGAUCGAUUCGUUGUGUCAUCAACUCCAAGGAGAUUGCCAACACAAUCAACUUGCCCAACAGGAGCGAUGGAAUGCAGGCAAAAUAUGGUUGGGGUGGAAAAGUGCUGGUGAUUCAACCCUUCCAUCCGAGAAAACCGAAUACACUUCACUUCGGGACUGGUGGCGACAAACGACCCAAGAUCAAGAACGCCUCAAGCGGACCUUCCGCGCGUUCAUUCUCUACACUCAUAGAUCAGAUGGGGUUUACCGUCUACAUCCACAGACGAUCGUUGACGCCAUACGGCUGGGUCCGGUGGCCGCGACCUUUCGAAGAAUUAAUCCCAAUGGUCAGGUCUCUUUCCCUCAGACGAUCGAGCUCAUAUAUCGAAAUGCGAUAGCAGCCUUUCAGAUGGUCUGUGAUCAAGCCAAAAGUGGAAAAGCGUUAACCAGAGAUUGUCUUUGCGAAGUCCACCGCGUUGCUACAAAGACGAAACACUCGAUUCAAACCCCUCGUCGAGAUCGCCUACCAUGUCCUAACUUCUGGGUUUCAUUUUACCCUUCUGGCGUUACACGGACGCAGAGCGAGCGAAAUUUGUAUCAGAUGACGGAACUUGGAAAAAUCCAAUACUGCCCCUUCCAGGAUGUUGACAAUGAAUUGGAUUGUAUCCUGAAGAAAUUCAACGAGUCGCUUAACAGCGACCCUCUCUUGGUGGCUGCUUGGAUGUACACACAGAUGAUGUCUAUUGCCCCUUUUGAGGGUGCCAAUGAAGAGAUUGCACGGUUUGUUGCAUCUGUUCCUCUGCUAAGGGUCGGACUUCCUCCAUUCAUCGUAUGCGAUGACUCGCAGAUGGACGCGGCUAUAGAUGCGAGUCGUGUGUCCGGGGAUUGUCGUCCGGUGAAGGACAUCCUUCUGAAUGGUCUCCAGCAUGCAUGUGAGAUGAUCGACCACCUUGCCCCGGUUUUCAGCUUGCCAGGAGAUUCGGAGAUCGUGUUCGCGAAUGCCGGGACAGUUUCCGCAGAAGACAUCGUUCCAGGUGCACUGGAUAUUGAACUAUAA